AUGCACCGUGAGUGGGAAGUGACCCCCGAUGAUAAGAACCCAGCCCCUGACCAUCCAGAGAACUACGUCUUUGGACACCAUGGCACAUCCGAGUCUCUAUCGCGGGCUAUUUUCGACGGGUGCACAAUUUGCAAGCAUAUCAAGGCAGCCGUUAUCGUAGAGGAGUCGGAAUCCCUCAGUCUGAAUAUUUUCGUCUCCCCGAAUACAACCAACCUGGAUACUUUUCUGUCCUCGGUGUCCAAGUCGAAUCGUGCAGGCUAUAUGUGCUUACAGAGCAGCAGGGCUCCCUUAACUCAUCCUUCUGUCAUAUUCAUCCUUCUGUCUUCUGCUAACGCUAGACGCAGGCCCAGUCGGUAG